CUUCUCCACCCCCCCCCUUUACUAUGUAUUAGUACACACUAAAGGUAUUUCUACCCGGACCGUCGUGCACGGCGCUCUCUCGGGCACGCGCGCCCCCGUUCUAUUCAGUCCGAGGCAGCAGCGGCGCGCGGAGACGCUCCGGAGCGCGUGAGAGGGAGGACGCAGCGGGACCGCGGAGUCCGCUUCUUCAGCCCCGGAACCGUAGGACCCCUAGGACCCUAAAGGACCCUCAAGGACCAUCUAGGACCCUCAAGGACCCCCUAGGACCCUCAAGGACCAUCUAGGACCCUCAAGGACUUUAACGGACCCCUAAGACCCUCUAGGACCCUGAGGACCCUCAGACCUGCUCUGCUGAACUCUCCUCCCCUGGACGCCGGUCUUCUCUCUGAUUGGAUGAACCCGUGUGUCCACCCGUCUGGCAGCCAGAGGACGGACGUGAUGCGAGCAGCUGGCGGCCCCGUGUCCGACCUCGGGGCCUGGACCACCGCCAUGCACAACCUGGGCAUCGGGCCUGUGGGGCUCAGCGGGCAGCAGCUGGUCUCAGACUCCUUUUGCGUGAAAGGGAUCGAAACCAGUCUGGGUCUCCUGGCCUCCAUGAACCCCCUGAUGGGGGGCAUUGGUCUGGUGCCCCCCCCGCCCGGCCCCCCCGACAUGCCGGUCGUCAAGGAGAUCAUCCACAGCAAGAGCUGCACGCUGUUCCCCCAGAACCCCAACCUGCCCCCCCCAUCCACCCGGGAGUGCCCCCCCGGCUGUAAGACGGUGUUUGUCGGCGGGCUGCCGGAGAACGCCACGGAGGAGCUGGUCAGAGAGGUGUUCGACCCGUGUGGCGAGAUCAUAGCACUGCGCCGCAGCAAGAAGAACUUCUGCCACCUCCGCUUCAGUGAGGAGUUCAUGGUGGACAAGGCCAUGUACCUGUCAGGGUACCGGAUGAGGAUCGGGUCCAGCACCGACAAGAAGGACUCGGGGAGGAUCCACGUGGACUUCGCCCAGGCCAGAGACGACCUGUACGAGUGGGAGUGCCAGCAGCGCCUCCUGGCCCGCGAGGAGCGGCACCGCCGCAAGGUCCACGAGAACCGGCUGAGGCCUCCGUCUCCUCCUCCCAUAGUGCACUUCUCUGAGCACGAGGCGGCCGCGUUAGCAGAGCGGCUGAAAGAGGACCAUAACUUCAGCGAGGCGACGGUGGUUCUGUUCAGCUGGAUCGACCGCGGCGAAGUGAACCGCCGGACCGCCAACCACUUCUACUCCAUGAUCCAGUCGGCCAACGGCCACGUGCGGCGGCUGAUGAGCGAGAAGGCGGAGCACGAGGAGGAGAUGGAGCGCGCCAAGGAGGUCUUCAAGAACGCCCUGCUGGCCAUCCUGCACCAGUUCGAGCAGAUCAACGCCGUUUUCACCGCUGCCACGAGGCAAAAGGCGUGGGAUCAUUUCUCUAAAGCUCAGCGCAAGAACGUAGAGAUUUGGAGAAAGCAGUGUGAGGAGCUGAGGAACGCCCACAGCGAGGAGAUCAUGGGCAUCAGGCGGGAGGAGGAGAUGGAGAUGUCAGACGACGAGGAGGAGAACCCGAGCAAGAGGCCUCGCACCGAGGAGAACGGAGCAUGUGAUCAGACCCAGGCGUCUCUGAAGGAGGAGAACGACUCCCUGCGUUGGCAGCUGGAGGCGUACAGGAACGAGGUGGAGCUGCUGAGGAUGGAGCAGAGAGGAGGAGGAGGAAGAUAUGAUGAAGAUCCUCCAGGGAUUCAGAGCUCUGAGGUUCAGAUUCAGCUGCUGCAGAAUAACAUGGCCAACAUGCAGCAGCAACUCCUGAGUCUACAGGAGCAGCUAAGGAGUAAGGAGGCGGAGCUAGAGGAGGCCAGAGGGGAGCACCGCUACCUGGAGGGGGGCGUGGCCUCCCUUAGAAACCAGCUGCUCGGCAACGGAACCAAUGGAACCAACGGAGACCAUGCAACGGCGGUGAACGGCUGCGUUCCCUCGCCGUUCCUCAGCAGAGAGAGAAGGAGUGAGGUCAUCACGAGAGGAGGCGUGGCCUCAGAGAAGGAGGCUCUGCUGCUGGGCAUCAUCUCCACCUUCCUCCAUGUUCAUCCGUUUGGAGCCAACCUGGAAUAUCUGUGGUCCUACAUCCAGAGACUGGACUCCAAGGUGUCUCCAGUGGACCUUCAGGGUCUCAUGGUCCGUCUCCCCAACAUGUUCAGACAGGAGCUGAGUGGCGUCGGAGCGACUUUAGAGAAACGAUGGAAGUUCUGCGGCUUUGACACUCUUGGCUCAACGUGAUCAUGGAUCUUAGUCCUCUGGUGUUUCAUCUCGAGUACACCUGGAUCCUGGUCCUUGGAUGUCUCGUCUUAGGGACACCUGGCUCAUGGUCCUCUGGUGUCUGGGGACACCUGGAUCAUGGUCCUCUGGUGUCUGGGGACACCUGGAUCAUGGUCCUCUGGUGUCUGGUGACACCUGGAUCAUGGUCCUCUGGUGUCUGGGGACACCUGGAU